AAAGAGAUGCUCGUCGAGACAACUUAAAAGCGGGGAUUUAUUAAAGCGUGUAUAGAACGCCAAUAAAAAACAAAUACAAAGAUCUUAAAAAUACAAAAUUUAUAUAUUAUACAUAUUAAGUACUCGUACUACAUGUAUUUUAGCUGUUGUUUUUGUUGGGAUUUAAGUUUAAGUCUGUUUGCAUAUUAAAAAAAAACAAAAUUAAAUUUAUAGAUUUUUAGUAAUGAGAAUUUCUAAAAAUGUUUAUCAAUAUUUCAUACAAAUAAUUGUGAUUUCAUUAUGUUUGACGAAUUUUAAUGGAGCUCGCUCCCAAUGUAGCAACAAUGACUGGGCAUGUGAUAAUGGCCAGUGUAUAUCCGAUGAUAAAUUAUGUGACGGCAAAGUGGAUUGUCGUGAUCGAUCAGACGAAAUUGCAGAGAAUUGUAUACAGUUUCAUGAAUCCUGUCCAAAGUAUGCCUUUCGUUGUGCGUAUGGAGCUUGUAUAGACGGAAAGACAAGGUGUAAUGGUGUGCAAGAUUGUGCUGACAAUUCUGAUGAAUUGAUAUGUAUUAAAAAAGAUGAUUCGGAUUUUCAAAAUAUUUGUUCGGAUACUGAAAUUCAGUGUGUGAAUUCUAAAGAAUGUAUAAACUCAAUUAAUCUUUGUAAUGGUCGAGUAGACUGUAAGGAUGGUUCCGAUGAAUCUUUGGAGUUGUGCAUUAAUUUUGGUUGUAUAUCCUAUGGUUUUCAAUGUGGCUAUGGUGCUUGUAUUAGCGGCAAUGCUAAAUGUAAUGGCGUAAAAGAAUGUGCUGAUGGUUCUGAUGAAGCCUGGGAGUUGUGUGGUACACCACGAAAGACCACUAACCAAAAUGGUGUUACACCAACACGAAAGCCAACACCCACACCUACACCUGCUCAAUAUACUAGAUGUAGUAUACCAAAUAUACCACAACUACAAGAUUUGGUAUUCAAAUUACAUCCUCAAAAUGAAACGAUUCCAAUAGGAUCAUUUGUGGAUGAUUUCGAUAUCAUACAUAUGGAAUGCCAGAACAAAUAUACUUUAAGAGGUCAACCCAGUCUUUUGUGUCAAAAUGGUAAUUGGAAUUUUGAUUUUCCUUCCUGUGUGGGCUAUUGUGAUGGUACACUUUUGCGCGGUCUUUCGGUACGUGCUGUUUGUGAUUAUAGAACAAACUUUGGGGAGUGCCCGAAAAGAAUUCGUCCUGGUACUGAAAUUCAACUUAAUUGUAGAUUUGGUUUUAUACGCAAACCAGAUGUUCCUCAGUAUAUAAAAUGUUUAUCGGAUGGUACUUACGACAAGAGUCCCCUGCCUUGCGAACUUAAUUGUGGCAGAGUUGCUCCUUACUCAGAACCUCUGUCUAAACAUGGCAUUCCCGUUAAACCUAGUUCAGCACCUUGGCAUGUAUCUAUACAUGAAAAUAAUAGUGUUAAUUUUGAUUACAUAUGUAGUGGAUCAAUAGUAUCGCCUCGUGUUAUCGUAACGGCCGCCCAUUGUUUUUGGGAUCAACCAACUUUAACAUUGAGAAAUUAUACGGAAUAUCAAAUUAUUGCCGGUCGUAGUUCGAAUAAUUAUACAACGGAUCAAAAUGAAUACUCGCAAGUCGCACAAGUAGAGGAAAUACAUAUUCCAGUAGAUUAUCGCGGUAAAAAUGGACGUCAAAGAGAUGAUAUAGCAUUUUUAAAACUAAAAACUGGCCUCAGAUACUCAGAAACAAUAGCCUCGAUCUGUAUGCCAAAUGAAAUUCGCAAUACUGCAUCAAAUUAUAUUCCCUCCAACUGGCAAGGUUUUAUGACCGGUUUUGGCAUAAACAAUCAUUUGGAAAGACUUAAGAUGUUAACGCUAGCCUAUCAUGAAUGUAGGGAAAAAAGUCCAAUCGAUGCUCCCAUAGCAGAUGAUAAAUUUUGUAUUAUUAAUAAAGAAGGCGCUUCAGUUUGUCGCGGUGAUAGUGGAGCAGGAUUUUUUAUCGAAAAUCGAAAUUUAGAUGACAACGAAAUUAUUUAUAGACUAUUGGGCGUAAUAAGUAACACGCCCACCACUAAGAAUGAUUGUACACGAGUUGAUGAUGAUGCUUAUGUUGCCAUUACAAAUAUUCACUAUAUGACUUCGGAAUUUAAGAGAAAAUUAUUUGAUGCCAUAAAAGAAGAUCGAGCAUAUUUGACUUCACCGACAUCUGAUUUGAGAUCGGCUUUUAUAGUGCAUAUGCUGGAUUCCCACUCCCAAUGUAACACCAGUGAAUGGGCAUGUGACAAUGGCCAAUGUAUAUCCGAUAAUAAAAUGUGUGACGGCAGAGUAGAUUGUAGUGAUCGAUCGGACGAAAUUGCAGAGAAUUGUAUACAGUUUCAUGAUACCUGUCAUAAUUCAACAUUCCGUUGUACAUAUGGAGCUUGCAUAGACGAAAAGGCGAAAUGCAAUGGUGUACAAGAUUGUGCUGACAAUUCGGAUGAAUUGAUGUGUACUCAAAAAGAUGAUUUUGAUUUUGAAGGUGUCUGUUUUCCUACUGAAAUACAAUGUGUGAAUUCUAAGGAAUGUAUAAAUUCAAUCGAUCUCUGUAAUGGUCGUGUAGACUGCAAAGAUGGCUCUGAUGAAUCGCUGGAGUUAUGUAUUAAUUUUCAUUGUGUUGGCUUUACAUGUGGUUAUGGUGGAUGUAUUAGUCGUAAUGCUAAAUGUAAUGGUAUAAAAGAGUGUGCUGAUGGUUCAGACGAGGCUUGGCAGUUGUGUGCUACACCACGAAAGAUCAAUAAUGAAACUAUUGUAACACCGACUCUUAAUGCAAAUCCAGCCCCCAUACCUAUAUCUUUGCCAACAUCCGCUCAAUGCAUUAUACCUAAUAUACCAGAACUACAAAAUUUGAUAUUUAAACUACAUCCUCUAAAUUACACUAUUCCAAUAGGAUCAUUUGUGAAUGAAUUCGAAAACAUACAUAUCGAAUGCCAGAACAAAUAUACUUUAAGAGGUCAACCCAGUCUUUUGUGUCAAAAUGGUAAUUGGAAUUUCGAUUUUCCUUCCUGUGUGGGCUAUUGUGAUGGUACACUUUUGCGCGGUCUCUCUAUACGUGCUGUUUGUAAUUAUAGAUCACAUUUUGCGGAGUGCCCGAAAAAAAUACGUCCUGGUACUGAAAUUCAACUCAAUUGUAACUUUGGUUACACUCGUAAUCCCAAACUUUUACAGUUCAUAAAAUGUUUACCAGAUGGCAUGUUCGAUCAAAUGCCUCGACAUUGCACUCACAGUUGUGGCAUAAUUGAUUCGUCCUCUGAGUUUUUAUCCAAAGAAGGUUUUCCAAUUAUAUCCAGUUCAACACCCUGGCAUGUAUCUAUACAUGAAUAUGAUGGUAUUAAUUACAACUUCAUUUGUACUGGAUCUAUUGUUUCGCCUCGUAUUAUCAUAACAGCCGCACACUGCUUUUGGAAUGAAUUGAAUUUAACGGUGAGAAACUAUACAGAUUAUCAAAUUAUUGCAGGCCGAAGUACCAGCAAUUUUACAACCGAAAAGAAUGACUACUCGCAGAUAGUACAGGUGGAGGAAAUACACAUACCAUCAGGUUAUAGAGGUAAACAUGGUGGUCAAAAAGACGAUAUAGCUUUUUUAAAACUUAAAACCGCCCUUAGAUACUCAACAACGAUUGCACCGAUCUGUGUGCCAAAAGUAAUUCACAAUACCGCAUCAAAAUAUAUGAUCUCCAAUCGGAGAGGUUUCAUUACCAUGUUUGGUCCAAACAAUCAAUUGGAAAGACUUGAUAUGAUAACAUUAUCCUAUCAUGAAUGUUAUGAAAAAAGUCCACUUGAAUCUCCAUUAGCAGAUGAUAAAUUUUGUAUUGUCAAUAAAGAAGGCGCUAAAUUGUGUCGUGGUAAUAGUGGUGCCGGAUUUUUUGUACAAAAUCGAGAUGACAACAAAACUAUAUACAAACUAUUGGGCGUAUUAAGUAAUUCGCCGACUACAAAGAAUGAUUGUACACAUAGCGAUGAUUAUGUUGCUAUAACAAAUAUUUACUAUAUUCCUUCAGAAUUUAUGAUAAAAUUAUCAAAUGCUGUUAGUGAAGACGAGACAUUAUUUUAAGUAUGAUUUGUAUGAAUUUAGAUUUAUAAGUGAAAAUUAUAAAAAAAAUAUUGCAAUAAAGAUUAUUUUUGUAUUUAGAGAA